AUGGCUCUUCAGUAUCCUAUUCUUUUCCCAUAUGGUGAAGAUGGAUACACCAAAGGUCUUCCUUGGAAUCUUGCUUUUAAAGGGGAAAAACCCAAGACUGGCGGGGUGUCUAUGAGAGCAUUUCUAGUUAUUUACACAGUUGAAUUCCAAAAAAGAGGUCUCUCGCAUUGUCACAUCUUGGUUUGGGUCAGUAAAGAGUAUGAAUGUCAUUCUCCUUCUGAUGUGGAUUCAAUCAUUUCGGCUAAAAUUCCUAGCGAAGAAUUUGACAAAGGUGGGUAUGAUGUUGUUGCACAGUAUACGAUUCAUGGUCCAUAUGGUCUUGCAAAUGAAAAAUCUCCUUGCAUGAAAGAAAAAAAAUGUUUCAAGAAAUUCCCAAAACGUUUUGCAAAUGAAACUACUUUUGAAUCUGAUAGUUUUGUCACAUACAAGCGUAAGGAAAUGGAGAAUUGUUUUGUUGUUAAAAAUGGAGUGAAGCUUAAUAAUGUGUUUGUUGUCCCUUAUAAUCGUGAAUUGUUAUUAAAUUAUCAAGUUCAUAUAAAUAUUGAAUCGUGUUGUCAAUCAAUGCUUAUUAAAUAUCUUUUCAAGUAUAUAACCAAGGGUGUUGAUAGGGCUAGAGUUGUUUUUGAGGAUCAAGAGUUUGAUGAGAUUGUAGCUUAUCUAAAUUGCAGAUAUUUAUGUCCUUAUGAAGCAGUUUGGAGAUUGUUACAAUUUCAUAUUCAUUUUAGAGAACCAGCUGUUCAAAGAUUAUGUGUGCAUCUAUCUUCUGACCAAAAUGUUAUCUUUAAAGACAAUGAUAAUUUAAACUAUGUUGCUAACCAACCUAAUCUUGAAAGCACAAUGUUAACAAAAUGGUUUGAAAUGAAUACUCAAGAUCCUAAUGCACGCCAGUUGUUUUAUGUUGAAUUUCCUUCAAAAUAUGUUUGGAAUAGUGAUAAUAAAGAGUGGACCCGAAGGAAAAAUGGUAGAUGUCCAGGUAGAGUUGCAUAUGUUCACCCUGCUGCCGGUGAAUUAUACUAUUUGAGAUUAUUGCUUAAUUAUCAAAAAGGUAGCUUUUGUUUUGAUGAUUUAAAAACAAUUAGAGGUGUUCUUCAACCCACAUUUCAGGCUGCAUGCAACUUGCUUGGCCUGUUGGGAGAUGACAAGGAGUGGAACAAUGCAAUGUUAGAAGCGAUAGUUACCGCAUCAUCGCAUCAAUUGCGACAAUUGUUUGUUACAUUAGUUUUGUUUUGUGAUGUUGCUGAUCCAACAACUUUGUUUGAGGCACAUUGGAAAAUGAUGUGUGAUGACAUCUCAAUAAAGAUGAUUAAUGCUUUUGGCUUGCAAGAUAUGUCUAAGUAUGAGGAUGAACUUAAAAAUUCUCUUUUGUAUGAGUUAGAAAAGUUGUUUGUUGCUUCAAAUAGUUCUCUAUCUAAACAUCAUCUCCCAAUUCCAAGCAAAGAUGUGAUAGAUAGACUUAAGAAUAGAAGUUUAAGAGAGGAGUUAAACUACGACACUGAAUCAUUGAAAGAGCAACAUUCACAGUUGGUUGUACAGUUGAAUAAAGAACAAAAAAUAGUUUAUGAUAGUGUCAUAAAGGUAGUUGAUCAUAAUAAGUCUGAUAGAUCUCUUCGUGAUGUUCUCAAAGGUUCAAAACUAGGUUUUGAUGAUUUGGCAUUUGGAGGAAAGCCAAUUCUCUUCGGAGGUUUGAAUGAAAAGGAAAAACAAGAGUUGGCUGAUUUUGCUCAUGGGAUAUUACAAAUUGGAAACGGUAGUGUCGCUAAUUCUAUAUUGUCAACUGAUGAAGAAAAUUCUUGGGUUGAAAUAUCAAAAGACUUUCUCAUUGAUUUUGAAGACAAUCUCAUUGAAAACAUGGUUUCAGCGGUGUACACAGAUUUUCAAAGAAAUUUUCAUGAUGUAUCAUAUUUGAAAGAAAGAGCUAUUGUUACACUGCGAAACGACACAAUGAUUGAGAUAAAUGAUUUUAUGUUAACUAUGGUGCCUAGUGAAAAUUGCACAUAUCUUAGUUUUGAUUAUGUGUCUUCUUCAACAGAAAAUGUUGAAAAUCUUGAUAUACUAUACCCAUUAGAAUUUUUAAACCAACUUGACUUACCUGGUUUGCCACACCACAAGCUGGCAUUAAAAGUAGGUAUGCCAAUAAUGUUGCUUAGGAAUUUAAAUCAAAGUUCUGGAUUGUGUAAUGGGACAAGAUUGGUGGUGAUGCAAUUAACUGAUAGAAUUGUGGAAGCAAAGAUCAUAACGGGUAGCAACAUUGGUGAAAGAGUUUACAUUCCAAGAAUCAUUACUGAAUCAUCACAAAAUAAAUAUCCGUUUACUUUGCGAAGAAGACAAUUUCCUCUUAGAAUUUUCUAUGCAAUGACAAUUAAUAAGAGUCGAGGACAAUCUUUGAAGAUUGUUGGGCUAUUUCUAUCUCAAACAGUUUUUUCUCAUGGACAGCUCUACGUUGCAUUAUCUAGGGUCACUUCAAAAAAGGGUCUUAAAAUUGUGAUUGCUCAUGAUUGUGAUAUGCCUUACGGAUACACAAAGAACAUUGUUUAUAAAGAUGUUUUGAAUCGUUUACAUGAAGAUUGA